GGAUGGGGUUAACGUUGUAAUUGACCAGAGUUUGACUGAAGUUUGAAUAUCUCUGAGAAUAAAGACAUAGGUAGAUUACUGUGUAAAAGCUAAAAGGUUUGUGUUUCGUUCAUGGAGUGUCGUGUCGUACCGUAGCGUGUUCCAUUUCGUGGCGUGCAGCGUGCGGCGCAUAUUCAUCGACCCAUCAAAUUUCAAGACUCACUUCCUCACUUCUCCUUCCUUUCACAACAAACAAUGGGUGUCGGAACUAGCACCUUCGUUACCAGAUGGAUCAACUUCCUCACCAUGGUUUUAGCCAUCGUUGUCAUAGUAUUUGGGGCGUGGAUGAGCAUGCAUCAUGAUGGGUGCAGAAAGUCUCUCACUUUACCUGUGUUAGCCCUUGGAGCAGUUAUUUUCUUAAUAUCCAUAGUCGGUUUUUUGGGCGCCCUGAAAAAUAACUCCAUACUGUUGUGGAUUUAUCUGAUCUUGCUGUUCUUUGUCUUGGUGGGAAUCUUGGUGUUCACUGUAUUGGUGUUCAUUGUGACUAAUGAUGGAUCAGGUCAUAGUGUGACUGGAUUGAGGUACAAGGAGUAUCAACUUCAAGAUUAUAGCUCUUGGUUUCUCAAAGAGUUGAACAAUUCUCACAACUGGGAGCGACUUAGGGUUUGUCUUGUUAAAUCUGAUGACUGCAAUAAACUAUCCAAAAAAUAUAAGACUCUCAAAGAAUAUAAACUAGCUAAGUUGAGCCCUGUCGAGGCUGGUUGCUGCCGACCACCUUCCCAAUGUGGGUUUCCCGCUGUAAAUUCCUCCUACUAUGACUUGACAUUUCAUCCGGCUAGUGCUAACAAAGAUUGCAAGCGAUACAAAAAUUCCGGAGCUAUCAAAUGUUAUGACUGUGAUUCUUGCAAGGCUGGAGUGGCACAAUACAUGAAAAUUGAGUGGAGAGUUGUAGCAAUAUUCAAUGUUGUGCUAUUUGUUGUGUUGUGUAUUGUAUACUUUGUGGGAUGCUGUGCAAGACGAAAUGCUGCCAGGGGCCAUUCUAAAGCUUAAAGACUUGAAUAUUAUCAUAUUAUGUUGUUGAUAUCUCCAAUAUUAUUCUUUGAGAAAAGGACAAAUAGCUCAUUGACCUUUUAAUCCGCAGACAUUUAAAUUCUUGAAGAUUUGAAAAUAUAUUUAAAUCCCUGACCUUUUCAAAACCUAGAUAUAUUGAUCCCUUAUGUUCACUUGGGUCUGUCAGACUCAACGGAAAAAUCAAACGUGACUCUCGUUGUACUGACCUGGUUGAUAUGGAUGCGCACGUGAGAGAGUUUUUAAAAUUGAACAAAUUAGAGUAAGGGAUUGAUAUGUCUAAAUUUUGAAGAGGUCACUGAAUUAAAUGUAUUUUUAAAUCUUUAGAGAUUUAAAUGUCUGAAGACCAAAAAGUUAGGAAUUGAAUUAUCUUUUUCUCUUUUUCUUUUAUUUGAUGUGCAUAGAAAAUUCAAAAUUAGAGUGCAAAAUGUAACACUAUUAAUCAUUACAUAUACUUAGUGGGUUUGUUUGGA